CCCGACUUGACUUAGCCCUGCGGAUAUCUUGGCACAAUUUUCGACCGUUCACACAUUGGGCUUCAACAUCGUGAAUUGCGGAUAGAGUCGACAGCGACCUUUACACAAAUACCCGGCCUUCCUCUGCUCAGAUCACCCCAAGGCAAUCAUGGCUGAGCAACUCAUUCACCGUGGCACUCUCGAAGGCCACAGCGGCUGGGUCACCAGCCUUGCGACCAGCUUGGAGAACCCUAAUAUGCUGUUGUCCGCGUCGAGAGACAAGUCCCUGAUCAUCUGGAACCUGACCCGCGACGAAUCCGCCUACGGCUACCCCAAGCGAUCUCUGCACGGUCACUCCCAUAUCGUCUCCGACUGCGUGAUCUCUUCCGACGGCGCAUAUGCCCUUUCAUCAUCGUGGGACAAGACUCUGCGAUUGUGGGAACUGUCCACCGGCAACACCACCCGAACCUUCGUCGGCCACACCAACGACGUCCUCUCGGUUUCUUUCUCGGCCGACAACAGACAGAUCGUUUCCGGCUCGCGAGACCGAACAAUCAAGCUGUGGAACACUCUGGGAGACUGCAAAUACACCAUCACCGACAAGGGUCACACUGACUGGGUGUCGUGCGUUCGCUUCUCGCCAAACCCUCAGAACCCCGUCAUUGUGAGCGCAGGUUGGGACAAGUUGGUUAAGGUCUGGGAGCUCGCCUCUUGCCGCAUUCAAACCGACCACAUCGGCCACACCGGCUACAUCAACACCGUCACCAUCUCCCCUGAUGGAUCCCUCUGCGCCUCCGGUGGCAAGGACGGCACCACCAUGCUUUGGGACCUGAACGAAUCGAAACACCUUUACUCUCUCCAGGCUGGCGACGAGAUCCACGCUUUGGUCUUCUCCCCCAACCGAUACUGGCUCUGCGCUGCCACCACCUCCUCCAUCACCAUCUUCGACCUCGAGAAGAAGAACAAGGUUGACGAACUCAAGCCCGAAUUUGUCGAGAAGGGCAAGAAGUCGCAAGAGCCAUACUGUGUGAGCUUGAGCUGGAGCGCCGAUGGUCAGACCCUGUUCUCUGGAUACACCGACAACAAGAUCCGCGCCUGGGGUGUCAUGUCUCGUGCAUAAAUGACUUCUUAAGUGUUUGGUAGGAGGCUGCGGAACGUGGGGAAUGCAGAAUUGAUACAGGCAAAAAUGUACCUUGUACGUUGCAUGCCAUCAGGCAAAAUCCGUUACAGGCAAAAACUUCGAUUGCAUGCCCAUCAGGCAACGCUUGUGUAAGCCAUUGGCAUUGUCAACGAUGGCUGGGAGCCGGCGCAUUUGAGGCACUGUGCUUUGUGCUAGAAAGAUUGGCACGAGAAAUGAUCAAAUGUUCAAAUCACGAUCUCUAAUAAGUUUC